AUGAUAGGAUCACCACCACCUACAGAUGAUAUUCUUCGCCUUUGGAUUUAUUGUAUUAGUGGAUUUAUUACAGUUAUAUUUCUGAUGAUCAUGAUCUGUUCUAUUGCAUGUCGUCAAGAAUGUUUAGAUAGGGCAGCAAGAAGAAAAGCAAGAGAACAUCAGUAUAAUCGACUUCAAGAAUGGCAACAACAAGUCAAUUCUUUUCCUAAUUUGACACAUCGACCAGCAAGUGAUAUUCUUGCUGAAUUAGGUAUUGGCCAGCAUCAACCUCAAUCUGUAUGA